GCAUCCAAGGGUUGGUUAUCCCGAGGGAGGGAGAGGUUUCUCCAAAGKGAUUUCUCCACAAGCACACCGCUCUCUAAGCUAAUACUGCAAACACUGAACUCUGUGUGUCCAACACUCCCCGUGUCUCAGCUGCACUCUUCUCCCGCUCUCUUGCAGAUUCCCGUGUCCCGAAUCUCCCCGAUGCCAUUUCCUGCGGGSCAGGUCUCUCCCAGGGCACGUUUCCCCCUGUCCCUCGGCAAUCCGGGCAGGACAGGGGCCAGAACCUUGGCCGACAUCAAGGCAAGAGCCCAGCAAGCCAAAGCUCAGAGGGCAGCGGCCGCCGCCGCCGCCGCGGCCGGAGGGGCAGUGCCAGGACCCGGCCCGGGCGGGGGGAGACCCCCGGGCACGGGGGGAGACGGAAGAGGAACCAACAGAGCCGCCCAAACCUCAACUGGAGCAAACGCACUGGAACUGGCAGGAACUGGAAGCGGGGGAGGUUCGAGAAGGUUUCUUCCCCGUGCCCMGGUGGAGAGCGCGGCCGCGGAGCAGGGAGCUCCUCGCCAUCCUCCUGGAGCACAAUUACAGCCAGGAGGAGCCCCCGCGGCAGCCCCGGCGUUAGGGAGCGGUGCRGGGGUCACACCGAGCCCCCCGCGGGGCACGGGCACCCCGGGGACCCCUCCUGGCCUGGCUUUGGGGGCUCCAGGAGCUGGGAACGCACCCGGACCCGGUGGAACCCCGGCAGCGCCCGCGGCCUCGGGAGGGAGCGGCUCUGACGCUUCCAAAAGCAAAUCUUCCCCUGCGGCAUCCUCGGUGCCACCCGGAGCUCAGGCUGGAGCCGUCCCACCCUGCAGCAGCUCCUCGGURGCAGGCAGCCUUAAAUCCCCUCCAGGCGGGGCUUUGGCCAGAGCGAGCUCCAGCAUUCCGGCCAACAACCCUUUGGUGACGCAGCUGCUCCAAGGCAAGAGCGUCCCCCUGGAGCAGAUCCUGCCCAAGACGCUCACCAAAGCUGAAGUGAAAGCUGUCCCCGUGGUGGCUCAGGAUGAGAAGGGGACAGCGGGGAGUGGCACAGCCGGGGUGGGGGACAGACCCACGAGUUUCCCCCCGCAGCAGCUCGGGAAGAUCUUCUGCCAGAACAGAGCUCUGCCUCACAUUCCAAGGAGCUUCCCGCUCCCCUCGGGAAAAGAYCCCGCUCCUGAGCAGCAGCAGUGCCACGAGGGGCUGAGCAAAUCCACCCAGGAGCAGAUCCUGCAGACUCUGAUCAAAAGGGUGCAGAGGCAGAACCUGCUGCCCGUCCUUCAGCCCUCACAGCCCAACCUCCCGCRCUCAGGGUUGCCGGUGGAAAACAGCUCCACCAGUCAGAAAUUCAUGCUGGGCUUCACGGGCAGGAGGACGUCCAAACCUGCCAUGUCCGGCCAUUACCUGCUCAACAUCUCCACCUACGGCCGCGGCUCGGAGAAUUUGAGGAGGGGCUUUUCCCUAAACCCCGAGCCCCGCCUGGGGCUGAGCAGCCGGGAGGAGUUUGGGGAGUGCGAGGAGAUGAUGGCUGAGCGGGGCAGCAGCAGCAGCGAGGAGGAGGACGCGGAUGAUGAUGAUGAGAGCUCCGGGGGUGAACGGGAGCUCGGAGAGGAGCAGGGGGACAAAGAGCCCGGCUGGGAGAAGGAGAAGGAGAAGGUGGCAGUGUUGGAUGGCACGGCUCUGGCCCGGGAUCUGCUGCAGGCGGCACAGGAGCAAAUGGCCCACGCCAUGAGGGGCAAAACCCACGGCGGAACGGAGCUUUUGGGAACCCCGGAUUCAGCACAGCCCCCUCUUCUCCCUGCCCCGCACCCCACAAAGCUCCCUGCGAGCUACAGCGGCACCAUAAACGUCUCCACCUCAGCCGACGUGRCGCAGAGCUCGCUGGCGGGCGGCUUAUCCGAGUGCAAGCAGCUGGCCAGCUCCAUGGGCAACAACGUCAUGUCCUUCUCGGUGACCGUCACCACCAUCCCCGCCGGGCAGGSCCAGAGCCACGGGCAGAACCUCCCSGYGCAGGAUUGCGCCGUGGAGGAUCCCCCUUCCAAAUGUUACUGCAGGUUGAAAGCCAUGAUCAUGUGCAAGGGCUGCGGUGCCUUCUGCCACGACGACUGCAUCGGCCCCUCCAAGCUCUGCGUGUCCUGCCUGGUGGUGCGAUAACCAGGGAUGGCAUCUUUUGGGGGCUGCUUUUUGGGAAUUAUCUUGGGAAGAAACAGGAAUUUUUACUGCCUUGCACAAGAGACACGUUACUGAAUCAGGAAUAACAGAGCAGAGUCCUUUCGUUAAGGAAAGAGCACCUUUCUUGUACAGGGAGUCGGAAUCUCGCUCGGCUGCGUGAAUUGUGACGAGAGUUUGCACUUAAGGAAUUAUGUAAAUAUGCCACGUUAUUUUGUUGAAAAGGUAUUUUUUCAAUCUUUUAGGAGAUAGUGUUUGACUCGUACUGCAGUUCCCAGUGCCCCCACCUGCUCUGAGCACGCUUGCUGAGCUCUGCUCUCGGGGAAUCCAAGAUGUCUUGGUAAAAAGAACGGGAUAAUCCAAGUCUAGCCGUCUUGAGCUCAGUUUAGCCUGGUCAGGAAUCACCAGAACAGCUCCAUGAGUGGCACUGAGACCCUCCAAGAGCAGAGCUCACAAAGCUGAGCUUGGCCUGGCAGGAAUUUGCUCUCCUGGGCAUUCCCUGAGAGCUGGAGCUGCCAUCCCACAGUUGGGACAUGUGGGGACAUAAAAGUGUCACCCUCGGUCCUGCCGUGCUCCGGGAAGGGUUUUGUGCUCGUCCAAACCCCACCAUGGUCAGACAUCUCCAGUUUCUAUUCAAGAUUUUCUAUUUCCUGGGUGGAGGGAAAGGCAAAUGAGCGCCUGCCUGGGCCUGGCUGGGCCGCUCUUUGUGUUUGAGAUACCAAAUUAGGCUGAGUUUAGCUCGGCUAGGCCCAGCUUACAGAGGGGGGGCUGGGUGAUGGGGACACAGCUGGUGACACCUUGUCCCUUCCUGGAUUCCUUCCCCUGGAUGGAAGGAGGGACAGAAAAUUGAUGUUUUUUGAUGGAAAAGCACUGAAAUCACUUUUAAUCCAAAGGCCUUUUUUUUUUUAAGCUGAAGCAAUAUUCCCACAGCAGUGGGGGCAGCUGAGUGGUGCACGGGGUGUGCUCAGCCUUCCCUUCCCCUCCCCUUCUCCCCAAAACCCGCUGCUGAGGAGCACAAAACAUUCCCUGGAUGAUUUUCCAAGGAAAAAAAACGGUGCCCGAGGCUUCCAGAGCUCCAGGAGCAUUGGGAAAAUUCCCUCAAAACCAGGGAUUGCUGGGGUUGCACUCUGUGAUCUUGAGGAUCCCUUCCAGCACAGGAUAUUCCAUGAUUUAGGUGGUGAUGAUAAAAAAAAAAAAAAAAGGGAGUUGUAAAUUUGAUCCCGUGGUGAGGAGGAUUUAGGGAUUAGAAAUAAACUCAAACUUCUUAAAAUCUAAAACUGAAUUCUCAAAAAAAAAAAAAAAAAAAUGCACAAAAUUGUCCCCCACGAGCAUCUCACACCCGCAGUGGUGGUGGUG